AUGCUGUGGAGGUCAAUUCUUUUAUUUCCCCUACUGGGGAUUGCGGCUACAGCUGCUUCUAUCGACAACUGCCCGGGUUACACAUUGAGAAAUGUGGCCGAGUCAGAUAGCCAAAUAACGGGAGAUUUAAUACUUGCCGGUAGUGCCUGUAAUACCUACGGCGAGGAUUUGACUCAUCUCAAAUUAUUGGUAGAAUACCAAACAAACUCACGACUCCACGUCAAAAUCUACGACGAAAAUGAACAAGUUUACCAAAUCCCCAAAUCAAUCCUGGACCCUCCAUCAGGUCAACAGGAUUCAUCCUCUCAGCAAUCAGACUUGGUAUUCGAGUACACUAAAAAUCCGUUUUCGUUUGCUAUCCAGCGCAGCUCUAGCGGAGAGACUAUUUUCAACACAUCCGGCACAAAUCUGAUCUUUGAGAGUCAAUAUGUGCGCUUGCGAACCUCGCUGCCAUCAAACCCCAACAUUUACGGUUUGGGCGAGGAUUCGGACUCAUUUAAACGAGAAACUACUGAUUAUACGCGCACAUUGUGGAAUACCGGUCAGGCGUUUUUGCCGACGCAUUCGAAUCUUUAUGGUAGUCAUCCGAUUUACAUCGAGAUGAGAGACAGCCAGGCCCAUGGCGUAUUUUUGUCGAACAGUAAUGGUAUGGAUAUCAAAAUCAACCAGACUGCUGAAGAUGGGCAGUACUUGGAGUAUAAUACACUCGGCGGUGUGCUAGAUUUUUACUUCCUGUCUGGUCCGGCGCCGGCUGAUGUUGCUCGUCAGUAUGCUGGUGUUGUCGGUUUACCGGCGCAACAAUCAUACUGGACCUACGGCUUCCAUCAGUGCAAGUACGGCUACCAAGACGUCAUGUGGGUUGCCGAAGUAGUCUACAACUAUUCGCAGGCCAAUAUCCCACUCGAAACCAUGUGGACAGACAUCGACUAUAUGGAUCUUCGACGAACUUGGACACUCGACCCAGAGCGUUUCCCGCUGCAUAAGAUGCAAGAAUUAGUGGCUUACCUGCACAACCAUGAACAACAUUACAUCAUGAUGGUUGAUCCGCCGGUCUCGUUAAAUGAUAGCGCGUCAUACGACGCUGCGGUGUCUUCAGAUGUACUAAUCCAAAAUGACAACGGUACCACAUUCGUGGCGACCAUGUGGCCUGGAGCGGUGUCUUAUGUUGAUUGGUUCCAUCCGAAUGCACAGUCUUUCUGGACAGGACAGAUUGGUUCGUUUUUUGAUGAUCAGUCUGGCGUGGGAGUUGAUGGCAUGUGGAUUGAUAUGAACGAGCCGGCAAACUUCUGUGGUUAUCCCUGCUCAAACCCAGUGCAAGCAGCAAUAGAUGGCAAUGACCCUCCAGCUCCGCCAGCACUCCGCACAACAUGGGACCCUCUCCCUGGAUUUCCAUCUGACUUCCAGCCUCCCGGUACAAGCUCGCGAAGAAUCAAACGGGACACCUCGUCAGCUAAUAUGACAGGGCUUUCCGGUCGUAAUCUUGACAACCCAGGCUAUACUAUCGCCAACGGUGUUGGCGCUCUAACCGUUGGCACUAUCUGGCCCGACCUCCCCGAGUAUGGUGGUUAUGUCCAAUACGAUACUCACAACUUGUAUGCAUCAUAUAUGAUUGAUGCUUCUCGACAGGGCCUUUUAGCCCGUCGUCCAGCCGAACGACCAUUCAUCAUUUCACGUAGCACAUUCGCCGGAGACGGAACCAGGGGCGGCCACUGGACUGGCGACAACGCCUCUAUAUGGGCUCACUAUUUACUGUCUAUUAUCCAAAACAUGGAAUUCGCAUCCAUUUUCCAGAUCCCCAUGGUUGGCGCUGAUGUAUGCGGCUUCAACGACAACACCACCGAAACUCUAUGUGCACGCUGGGCGAUGCUAGGCGCCUGGUAUCCCUUCUACCGUAACCAUGCAGACAUUUCAGCAAACUAUCAAGAAUUCUACCGCUGGCCGUUGGUUACUGCAGCAGCACAAAAAGCCAUAACUGCUCGCUUCCAAUUACUAGACUACUUCUACACAGCAUUCUAUCAGCAAACAGUCGACGGGUCACCGACAACCAUCAUCCCGCUGUUUUUCCAGUACCCUAACGACCCAACCACACUUGACAUCAGCUACCAAUUCUUCUACGGCCCGUCAAUCUUGGUCUCCCCCGUCACCGUGGAAGGGUCGGAAAGCGUUUCUCUCUACCUUCCGCCUCAGGACAUUUUCUACGAUUUCUGGACUGGUGAACGAGUCACGCCCGACGGCACAAACACUCUGAAUCUCGACAACGUCACCUACACGGACAUCCCCGUCCACAUCCGCGGCGGCUCAAUUCUGCCUUUGCGCGCAAAUGCCGGGGCCGCAAACACGACGACGCAGCUUCGUACGCACGACUUCGAGAUAUUGGUUGCCCCGGACGUGGACGGUAAAGCGAGUGGAAGUUUGUACCUUGAUGACGGCAAGUCAGUCAAGCCGGCGCAGACGACGUACCUGCAGUUCACGUAUGAUAAUGGGCAUUUGUCGGUUAGUGGAUCGUUUGAUUAUGAUCCGGGCGUGGGGUUCAAGGGUGUUACGGUACUGAGUAGUAGUACCUUGAGUAGUGCUGGGGGUAGUAACAGUACUAACACGGAUAGCUAUGGGCGAGUUGGGACUGUUCGUCAGAUUGAUGAGGGAUUCAGUGGGAGUUGGACGGUGGAUGUUUGA